UUUGACAUUAUAUGAAAAUACAUCUGAUACACCACAUGAAUAACUAUAUGCAAAACCAUCAACACAUGUGGGCUCAACAACAUAUGUUAAACUCUGAAGUUAUGUAGGACAUUUGAAGUAUGAAGGUACAUCUUUUAGUUUAUUGUGGAGUACUUUUGAGAGUAGCCAUCUAUAUUUAUAAUUUGAGAGCAUGCAUAUCCUAAUGUCAAUGUCUGCACAUUAGUUGUAGGAUAUGAGCUAUGAUUUUGGUGAACUAACCAAGAAAAUUAUUACAUGCCACAAAUGCUCAUGGCAAUAUGUAGGAUUACUUCCUAUGAAUUUACAUACAUACCCCCACCAUUUUAGGUUUUAAAAUUGAAAUGCGCCUUCAUACGUAGGGUAGAUAUGUAAAAAAUGAAAGUUAUGAAAUCUCUUUAAAAUGCAGUAGCCUCCCGCUACAGUCCCACAGUCCAAGAGAACCGGAAACUCCGCUCACCUUCCUUCUCUUCCGCACCCUCAUGGCCGGAGACGCCGAAAACCUAAUCCUAGAAGGGGACCGUCUUCCGACGACAUCAACAACAGCUCCCGGCACUCCUCUUCUGCAGUCCAGCGAGACUGACCUCGAUCGCUACCUCCGCCGGCUAGAGGUCUUUCUAUCUUUCCUUAGCUUCCACUCCCACUCUUCUCUUCUCAUACUCCUCCUCUGCACCUUCGUCUUCCUCCUCCUGGGCGUGGCCAUCCCCUUGUCUACUAUCAUACUCACCGUCUGCCCGCACGGAGGCUGCGACGGCUAUCGGAUCGAGCGUUUAGAGAUCUCCGUGUUUGUAUUCAGGGUGUUGCUAGCCGCUGUAUCUCUUGCUUGCGUAUCCCGUAAUCUCUACAAGUAUGGAAUCCGCAGGUUCCUAUUCGUCGAUCAGCACCACGGCCAAGCCGACCGGUUCCAGAAAGAGUACGUUCACAAGAUCCAGGAAUUUUUUUUCCUGCUUCUUUGGUGGAUGCUGCCCUGCUUUGCUGUGAAAGUUAUGCGUGAAAUCCUUCGCUUCGGAGCCAUCUCUCACGACUCCACAUGGAAAGCUGUCGUUGUUUUGUUAUUCUCAAUUAUGUCAUGGAUUUACCUAACCACAGUUUUCCUAUCAUCUUGUCUUCUCUUCAAUCUGGUUAUCAAUUUGCAAGUAAUUCAUUUUGAGGAUUACUGCAGACUUCUAGAAAGAGACAUGGAUACACUCAUAUUUUUCGAAGAACACAUCCGACUGCGAUAUAAUCUCUCGAAAAUCAGCCACAGGUUCCGCGCUUUCCUUCUGUCCGUGUUCUUAUUUGUCUCAGCUAGUCAAUUUGUAGCGCUCAUACAGAUUACUGGAUACAAUGAAACUAUCAGCUUCACAAAUUCUGGAGACUUAGCAGUAGCUUCUGUUGUUCAGGUGGUUGGUGUCGUCCUCUUGUUGCAUUCGGCUGCUAAAAUGUCUCACAGGGCUCAAGGAAUUGCUUCUGUAGCCUGUAAAUGGCAUGCACUGUUGACCUGUUCUUCCACUGAUACAUCUCAGGGAAGAACAAACAGCUCUGGAAACUUGGAUGGCGUUCAAGCAGCUCCUCAUUUGUUAAUGAAUUAUUCAGAAAGUGAUUUGGAGUCUUUGGACAAUGUAUCAGGCCUUACGAACACUCGCCUCGUUUCUUACAUGUCGACGUAUCACAAGAGACAAGCCCUCGCCAUGUAUCUUCAAACAAAUGCUGGUGGGAUCACCAUAUUCGGUUGGAUAAUCGACCGCAUAAUGAUGAACACUAUUUUCUUCCUGGAGCUGACAUUAGUUCUGUUUGUGCUUGGAAAGACCAUUGUUUUCACUUCCAAAUGAGGGCUUCCCAUAACUCUCGCUCUCUUACAGGCAGCAAUAUGCGUGGCUUAUUUCUUCGUCAGGUAACUAAUGCUUCUGUUAUGAUUUGCUUCACUUUAGUGAUUCCGUAUAUUUAAAACUUUUUGUAUGCUAUGUAAUAUAAAGAGGGUCCAUUUGAUAGUUGACUGUAAAAAUAAUUAUAGAAUUAUUAUGAAAAAAUGUUUUUUUA